UUUUAAUCUUUUAAUCUGAUUAAUAAUUUGUCUGCUCGAAAAGUUACAAUUGGAAAGAGAAAAGUGUGUCAGGCUCCCAAAGAAGCUACAGGAAGUCAGAUUAAAGGGAUUAAAACUGACAAAAAGCCGAUUUUCGUUUGAUCCUUGCGUGCGAGUUCAAGUGUCAAAUAUCUUCAAGUUUUUUUGCCGUCUUGACCGCAAAAACGCCGUCGAAAAAGACUUACCAUUUCCUUGUCUCUUCAUGUCAUUGUCAAAACAAAAGCUCAAGCCCAUCAAACAUCAAUUAAAGCCGCUACCCAAGAAGUCCAAGGUUUGGUGUCAGUGUGUACAAAAUAUCCACUAUCAAACACAAGACAUCUUCGUCAUCGAUGAGUCCUUCCCUUGACUCGAGCUUCGCCUCUCGUCACUUCGGAGUGGUUGACUCGAUGGGUGAAUGCCUCGCCAACGACCGGUUGGCCAUGCACUUCCGCAAAUAAAUGGUCCCUUCCCAAUUGGGACGGGAAAGUUGCGAGGCCAGUUUCGUUCAAUCGUUCCAUGUUCCUCGUCCGAGGAAAAAGCCAAGAAAGUGAGCUCGACGACGAGAAGAACAAUCAAGGCUUUUGGUGUUGGCCCUUUCCACUAUCUCCAGGUCUUCAGUGAUCCAUUCGAGGUGGAACAGAACGUGGAAGUGAAACAGAACAGCGAACCGACUCACAUUGCCAAUCAAGUGGAAGCUUGAUUGACCAGCUCUUCUUGAUCUGAUCUCCCUCAUCUUUCUUCGUCUGUUCGGUUCCCAUGAAGAUACACGAGGGACGAACCACCCAGAUUGUGUGUACUUCUGUGUGUGUUCCCAAUUAGAGAUCCAUUGGAAAUAGAGAGUUUGAAAAAAGUUUUGGUUUCCCCUCCAACUCCAACUCCUACGUCCAUCGAUGGGCCAAUUCACCCACAAGUGAGUGGACCAACAGUGAAAACGGAACCGUACACGUGGUUCUGCCUAGUAGCCUCACUUCAGUGCUGAGCCACUUUGCCCAGACAAAAAGAGGUCAUAGUAGGAAUGAUGCCAGAAAUUUGACUUGUUAAAAAGUUCGGCGCAUAUUAAUACGCUGCAUCAGAACCAGAACCAAAUCGUGAUCUACAGUAGACUGCUGUGUGACAAGCAGCAAUUAUUUGGGUCCUCCUCAUUGUGUCUUUUCCAUUGCUUCCUUUCUCUUCCUCCCUCUUGGUUCUCAUCCCUACUCCCACUACUUUGAGCAAAUAUGAGGACAAGAAAAUCCAGUGAACUGCUCCCCCUGACGACAAUUGCAACCCUUAGAAAAUCAAGCACCCAUUCCAGUCGUUCUGCAAACAAAAAGAGCUCCGAAAGAUCAUCCAAGAAUCAUCUCAUUCUCCAGCGUCAACACCUACAGUCUAAUCGGUUCCCGCAGCAUUUUGGGACGGACAAGAUGGAGAUCCGACCGAGAAUUCAAAUAUCCACGGCCCAUAUGGCCACCGUGCUCAUGGUUUUCAUGAUCCUCCUCCAUGAUGUGGCCGAGGCUGGAAGGCAAUCAAAAAACAUGAAAGGACCUCCGCUCUCGCCCAAAUUUGGCCAGGAUAACCUCGAUAAUCAUACCGUCAGGGUGGGCCAUGAAGUUCAGUUCUCGUGCACAGUCGAGAAUCUGGGCAAUUACAAAGUGGCCUGGCUCCACUCGGAGAAGGGUACCUUUGCCGUGUAUCCAAUAGUGGUGACACAAAACGAUCGGAUGAGUGUGUCCUUCGACAACCGCGCUACCUACAAUCUCAAGUUGCAAAACAUUCAGGAGUCGGAUGCUGGGAAAUACAUCUGUCAGAUCAAUACCGGUCCCGUCAUCUCAAUCAGUGGCACUUUAAGUGUCGUGGUUCCCCCGGAUAUAAUCGAUGAGGACAGUAGUUCCGACACUUUGGCCACCGAAGGGAUGAGAGUCCUACUAAACUGUCGCGCCACAGGUAAUCCCAUCCCGACCAUUUCCUGGGUCCGCGAGGAUGGCUCCAAAAUCCGUGUCUGCAAGUCUGACAAGAGCGUUUCUGAGGGAAGGUCCUCCGAAUGCGAAGAGGUUGCCGUUCAUCAUGGAAGCGACCUUGAAUUAAGACAAGUGAGCAGAUUCGACUCUGGGGAGUAUCAAUGUCUGGCCAAUAACGGUAUUCCUCCGACGGUGAGCAAACGAGUUCGACUUUACGUGGAUUUCUCUCCUACUCUAUGGAUUAGUCAUCAAAGGGUUGGUGCCCAGGUUGGAUCGACAGCUGUCUUGGAAUGUCUCACUGCGGCCUAUCCUCCCUCAUUAAACUUUUGGAGCAAAGAUGGCAGUGACGUCAUAACAGAGAAACCUGGCAAAUACGGGCUUAUUCAAAGCUCGGGAAAGCCCCGACUCUACAAUAUUCAAAUGAAAAUUCGGAUUCAGAACAUCACCGCCGAAGAUUUUGGUACUUACAGUUGCUCGGCACGGAAUCCUCAAGGAGUUACAGAUGGAGAAAUUAAACUCUACGAAAUCCCUAGGCCCGACACAACCACACAAAGCACAACCACUUUCGACUACAGGAACAAUUGGCAAAUCGCACCAGAAAUUCUAGAGGACAUGGAGCAAGAUACCACAGCCGUAAUUCUGUUGGAGGAGUUUGAUGAUAGUCCAUUUGAAAAGAAUCGUCACAAGAAGCACCGGAAAACUCGCAAGCGUCAUCGCAAUAAACAGGAGUUUAUGGAGGAGUAUGACGGGAACCACGAAAAUGGGAUCCAACGGAAAUAUGAGGCUGAUCAGGGCUUCCACCAUAGUGUAAUGAACGCUGCCAACCAAAUCAUGCAUCAACUGGGGGUGAUGACCACGGGACUGACCAUUUUGCGACAUAUCUGUCACCUCAGGGCUCAAGUUUAGACAAACAAUAAAGUACUUUUUCUUAGUAUGGAAGCUCAGACGAAUACCGCUUCUAGCAGCAAUGUCAGACUGUCUGUUUAUAGCUCAACACAAGCACCAGCACAUCAUUGUACCAUGUACUUGUGUCCUCAAUAUUAUGAUGAAGCUUGUGCUCUUUUUCUGAUUUGUACUUCCCAGGGUCCUUCCAUUCUGGUUUACACAAGGCCGAUUGUUAAGUUAUUACGAAACGAUCCGACUAAAUUUAUUGUUACGGUAUUCAAUACAUGAAUUCAUAGAAAUACAUCCACACUUUGAUGAUGAAC